AUGCGCGUAGGGCGGCCUCACAGCGCCACGUCCCGUACACCGGAUCCGUCAUGUUGCGCCUAGUGCUCGCUCUCUGUGUGUUCAGCCUGAUCCGGGCCGCUAUCCCGGAGGAGAACAAUGUGCUGGUGCUGAAGAAGGACACCUUCGAUGAGGCGCUGAAGGAACACAAGUACCUCUUGGUGGAGUUCUAUGCUCCAUGGUGCGGUCACUGCAAGGCCUUGGCACCGGAAUACGAGAAGGCUGCCGGGAUACUGAAAGGAGAAGGUUCCGAGAUCAAAUUGGCCAAGGUAGAUGCCACAGAGGAGUCUGAGCUGGCACAGCAGUUUGGUGUUAGAGGCUACCCAACAAUCAAGUUCUUCAAGAAUGGCGACAGGACUUCCCCCAAGGAAUAUUCAGCUGGCAGGGAGGCAGCCGACAUCGUGAACUGGCUGAACAAACGGACAGGUCCAGCCGCCGCAACUUUGAGCGAUGAAGCCGCUGUGGCAGCCCUCGUGGAGGCCAACGAAGUUGCAGUGAUUGGGUUCUUUAAGGAUACGGAGUCCGACCUAGCGAAAGCUUUCCUGCAAGCGGCCGAGGCAGUGGACGACGUUCCAUUCGGGAUAACUUCCAACGAAGCUGCUUUCUCCAAAUAUGAAGUCGAGAAGGACAACGUUGUCCUCUUCAAAAAGUUUGAUGAAGGUCGAAACAACUUUGAAGGCGAGGCCACAAAAGAGGAGAUCUUGAGCUUCAUAAAUGCCAACCAGCUGCCUCUUGUUAUAGAAUUUACUGAGCAGACUGCACCAAAGAUCUUUGGUGGCGAAAUCAAGACUCAUAUCUUAUUCUUCCUGCCAAAAAGUGCCUCUGACUACCAAGACAAGCUGGACAACUUCAAGAAAGCUGCUGCGAGCUUCAAGGGGAAGAUCCUCUUUAUCUUCAUCGAUAGCGAGCACACAGACAACCAGCGUAUCCUUGAGUUCUUUGGUCUGAAGAAGGAAGAAUGUCCAGCUGUUCGUCUCAUUACUCUGGAAGAAGAGAUGACCAAGUACAAGCCAGAGUCCGAUGACCUUUCUGCCGAGAAGAUCAAGGAGUUCUGCGACCUCUUCUUGCAGGGCAAGGUCAAGCCUCAUCUUAUGAGCCAAGAUAUACCUGAGGACUGGGACAAGAACCCCGUGAAAAUACUGGUGGGAAAGAACUUUGAAGAAGUGGCCUUUGAUGAGUCCAAAAAUGUAUUUGUGGAAUUCUAUGCACCGUGGUGUGGUCACUGCAAGCAGCUGGCACCAAUCUGGGACCAAUUAGGGGAGAAGUUCAAGGACAAUGAAAACAUCGUUAUCGCAAAGAUGGACUCAACAGUCAAUGAGAUUGAAGCUGUGAAAAUCCACAGCUUCCCCACAUUAAAAUUCUUCCCUGCAGGAGCAGAGAAAAAAGUAGUAGAUUAUAACGGGGAGAGGACGCUGGACGGAUUUACAAAGUUCCUGGAAAGCGGGGGCCAGGAUGGCGCUGCUGAUGAAGACCUUGAAGAUUUGGAAGAUGCAGAGGAACCAGAGUUGGAAGACGAUGAUGAUGACGACCAACCAAAGAAAGACGAGUUAUAAUUUCUAGCCGUGAAAGUCACCAGCUAGAGGACACUAAGAGGGUGGAGGCGACGUUCUGUGACAUCAGAGCUCUGAAAAUCCAGGGAAAUUUUAGUUUUGUCAAACUGUAUAUGUAUUUCUUUUUAUUUUAUUGUAGGGUCUUUUGUGGUAAAGGGAGCUGAGACUUGUAAGGUUUUUUUGUUUUCUUCCUCACUGUGAUGCAGUUUUUUUUUUAUACUUGUGUAAAUUUUGGCACUUGUGGCUUUCUGUAUUUUUUAUUUUUAUUUUUUUGUCUUGAUGAUGGGACAGAAUCCCUCCCAUGGCUGGUGACAGAAUUAAAGGGCUUUUACCCUCCCACCGCCACUGUAGCUUGCUCCCUGGGCCUCCCUUUUUCCGCUGUAGGUUAGUCCUGCCGCGCAUGUUAAAGCCCCAGUCACUCUCCUAUGCCAGGUGCCCCCGCGCUCCGUGCAGAAUUCAGUAUUCGGUGCAGUUGGGAGGGUAGAGAGGCCCUCGCUGUCUAACACUACUCAAAACUCUCCUCCUGCAGUGUUCAGGCCCUGACGAACACCUCCGCGGCCCCGACUUUGUAUAAAUUAGUCUGUUCUUGUCCCGUCCGGAAGGGCCCACGAUUUGAGAAAGCAACUAAUGACACUUGUUUUUUUUUGGUCUGUGACAGUGUGAUCAGAAGCAGUCUGAUUCUGGAAGCAUUCCACCCUACCUAAGAUGGAACGAGAAUUGUUGGCCAAAUUAAAAAAAAAAAUAAUAAUUUUAAUAAAUAAAACAAAUUUGUCCA